ACAAGUUGACGUGUCGUUAAAAAAAUUGCAAAAAUUUUCAACAAAAGAAUGAGCAUUCGGCUUAAUUUGCUGAAGUAAAAGCAUAACAUUUGCAGUACGUGUGCAGUGAUAAAAUUGAACAUAAUAGAAUUGUGCAAAUCUACUUUGUGUUUUAUUUCAGAGCCACUGUCGUAAAUCUACGGUAUGUUGACGAAUUUUGAAACAAAAUCGGCCCGUGUGAAGGGCCUAUCGUUUCACCCGAAACGUCCAUGGAUUCUGGCUAGCUUGCAUAGCGGUGUUAUUCAGUUGUGGGACUAUCGCAUAAGCACUUUGAUCGAAAAGUUCGACGAACAUGAUGGCCCGGUACGUGGCAUCGCGUUUCACAAUCAGCAGCCCUUGUUUGUCUCAGGCGGGGAUGAUUUUAAAAUCAAGGUCUGGAACUAUAAGCAGCGCCGGUGUAUCUUUACCCUGCUGGGUCACCUGGAUUACGUUCGAACCACGGUGUUUCACCAUGAGUAUCCGUGGAUUUUGAGCGCCUCGGAUGAUCAAACCAUCCGCAUCUGGAACUGGCAGUCACGGUCAUGCAUCUGUGUGUUGACCGGGCACAAUCACUAUGUCAUGUGUGCUCAGUUCCACCCGAGCGAUGAAGACAUCAUUGUUUCGGCUUCGCUUGAUCAAACUGUUCGCAUUUGGGACAUUUCUGGUCUGCGCAAGAAGAACGUCGCUCCCGGACCCACUGGUUUGGACGACCAUUUAAAGAAUCCUGGUGCAACGGACCUUUUCGGCCAAGCGGACGCCGUAGUAAAGCAUGUCCUAGAAGGACACGAUCGAGGCGUAAAUUGGGCAAGCUUCCACCCUUCGCUACCGCUGAUUGUGUCCGGAGCAGACGAUCGACAGGUAAAGUUGUGGCGCAUGAACGAAUAUAAAGCUUGGGAGGUAGAUACGUGCCGUGGACACUAUUAUAAUGUUUCCUGCGUACUGUUCCAUCCUCGGGCGGAUUUAAUAAUUUCAAACAGCGAAGAUCGCAGCAUUCGCGUCUGGGAUAUGACUAAGCGGCAGUGUAUUCACACGUUCCGCCGCGAAAACGAACGCUUCUGGAUCCUAGCAGCACAUCCUAAUCUGAACCUGUUUGCGGCAGGCCACGACUCGGGCACUAUCGUGUUUAAACUUGAGCGCGAACGUCCAGCAUACGCAGUGUACGGAAACUGUUUGUACUAUGUGAAGGAACGCUUCCUUCGGGAGCUAGAUUUUAACACGAACACCGAUUCGGUGGUGAUGACGAUACGCGGUGGAGGAAAAACACCCGUCUACAGCAUGUCCUAUAAUCCCGCACUGAACGCAGUAUUGCUCUGCACGCGUACAUCCAACUUGGAAAAUAGCACAUACGAUCUGUACAGCAUCCCGCAAAAGGAUAGCGGUUCGCAGAACAAGGAGACGGACAGCAAACGUUCAUCCGGUGUAACGGCUGUGUGGGUGGCACGGAACCGGUUUGCCGUUCUUGAUCGUGCCAACCAGUUGGUAAUAAAGAAUUUCAAGAACGAGGUCACCAAAAAGAUACAGACGCCAGUGUGCGAUGAGAUAUUCUACGCUGGAACCGGCAUGCUGCUGCUGCGUGAACCCGAACAUGUGACAUUGUUCGAUGUACAACAGCUUCGGUCACUGGCUCAAGUGAAAAUUGCCAAGUGCAAGUAUGUUGUCUGGUCAACCGAUAUGAGCCAUGUGGCUCUGUUGGCAAAGCAUACGCUGAACAUCUGCAAUCGCCGUUUGGAUUUGCUCUGUUCCAUUCACGAAAGCGCGAGAAUUAAGUCCGGUGCUUGGGACGAAUCUGGAGUGUUCAUUUACACCACAUCGAACCACAUCAAGUAUGCGAUCAUUAACGGUGAUCACGGUAUCAUUCGUACACUUGAUCUUCCGAUUUACAUAACGCGCGUGAAGAACAGCCAGGUAUUCUGUCUCGAUCGGGAAUGCCGUACGCGGCUGCUUACAAUCGAUACAACGGAGUACAAGUUUAAACUCGCGCUAAUAAACCGGAAGUACGAGGAGGUACUUCACAUGGUGCGCAAUGCUCGACUUGUCGGACAGAGCAUAAUUGCAUAUCUGCAACAGAAAGGUUAUCCCGAAGUGGCCUUGCAUUUCGUGAAGGACGAAAAAACGCGUUUUGGGCUUGCGCUCGAGUGUGGCAAUAUUGAGGUAGCUUUGGAGGCAGCCAAAGCCAUGGACGAUAAGCAGUGCUGGGAGCGUUUGGCACAGACCGCUUUAAUGCAGGGAAACCACCAGGUGGUGGAGAUGUGCUAUCAGCGCACCAAGAACUUUGAUAAACUGUCCUUCCUAUAUUUGAUUACGGGAAAUCUGGAGAAACUGAAGAAGAUGAACAAGAUUGCCGAAAUACGCAAAGAUGUUUCCGCCCAGUACCAGGGUGCACUGUUGCUGGGAGAUGUAGCGGAACGAGUAUCGAUACUCAAAAAUUGUAAACAAACAUCCCUUGCUUACCUGACCGCAAAAACUCAUGGUCUGGAGGAGGACGCCGCUCAGAUGGCCGAAGAGUUUGCUGCGGAAGGGAAAGAUUUACCGGAAGUCAGUAAGGAUGCCAAAUUUCUUCGCCCACCUGUGCCGAUUCAGCAGGCAGAGAGCAAUUGGCCACUUCUGACCGUUUCAAAGGGAUUCUUCGAAGGAACUAUGAUGUCACGUGGUGCCACUACCGUGCAUCAGGCGCUCGCCCCAACGGAAAUGGUAGCCGAAGCCGCCGAGGAGGAAGAUGGAUGGGGAGUAGACGACGAUUUGCACGAUGGUGACCGAUUUGAGGAUGCGAAGGAAAACGACGAAGCUAAGACUGGCGAAGGAGGCGAGGGAGCCGGGUGGGAUGUGGGCGAUGAUGAUCUGGAGCUGCCCGAAGAAUUGAUAUCAAAAAUUUCAGCUUCAAAUGCGGCCGGCACCAAGAAUUUCUUUGCGGCACCACCAAAAGGACAUCCCCCGUCUCAUUUUUGGACCAUCAAUUCACAACUGGCUGCCGAUCAUGUACGAGCGGGUUCCUAUGAUUCUGCUUGCCGUUUGCUGAACGAUCAAGUCGGCGUAGUUAACUUCGCCCCGUACAAGGAACUUUUUAUGGAAUCAUACGCAGCCUCGAAAACGUCGUACAGCAGUUUGCCACACGUCAGUUCGCUGUCUGCCCAUCCUAACCGAAAUUGGAAGGAACUGAAUCCCAAGAACUGUCACCCCACGCUUGCCUACAAGUUAAAUGAUCUUGUGCAAAAUUUGCAAACAUGCUACCAGCUAACAACUACCGGCAAAUUCGUUGAAGCAAUCGAUAAGCUGCAAAAUAUCAUCCUCUGCAUUCCGCUGCUAGUCGUGGAAACGCGACAGGAAAUAGCCGAAGCGCAACAGUUGCUCACCAUCUGCCGAGAAUACGUGGUGGGUCUCCAAAUGGAAACAGUGCGGAAAACGCUACCGAAGAACACACUCGAUGAGCAAAAGCGUAUAUGUGAACUGGCCGCAUACUUUACUCACGUGAACUUGCAACCCGUUCAUCAGAUACUUACCCUGCGAACAGCACUGAAUCUGUUUUUCAAGCUAAAGAACUACAAAACAGCGGCUUCCUUUGCCCGUCGUUUGCUCGAGCUCGGUCCACGUCCUGAGGUAGCUCAGCAGGCACGCAAAAUAUUGCAAGCAUGCGAAAUGAAUGAAUCUGACGAACACACUUUGCAUUACGAUGAACAUAAUCCGUUCACAUUGUGUGCCAUUACUUAUAAACCCAUCUAUCGCGGUAAACCGGAGGAAAAGUGUUCUCUAUGUUCUGCUUCGUACCAGCCCUCAUAUAAGGGUGUCACGUGCGUCGUUUGCAAGGUGGCCGAAGUAGGCAAAGAUGUAAUUGGUUUGCGCAUUAGUGCAUCACAGUUCAAGUAAUGUGAACGGUAAUAGUAAAGUAUGCUUCCCUCCGGUGGUAUAUGAGAAGAAGAUGAAGUGCGAACUGUUUCAGAGAUAAAUAUGCGCGUAGCACGGCAGCAGGAAAGAUGAAUACUGAAUUUUAAUGCAUUUUAUGCAACUUACAAUAAUGGUUUGUAGAAGUGUCGUCGUCUAUCCAACGGCACAAUUUCUCAAACAUUCCGAACAGCAUUAUAAUUAGAUCUUCUUGCAAAGGUUAGCAGUCUUAAUCAUAUAAACUCAACAUGUAAACACAAAUGAAAACGAUCGUUCAUGUGCUCUUGUGGGAAUAAAUUAU